UAUUCCGUAAGUACAGCAGUUCUGCUAUACAUUGUUACAGUAGCAAACAUCCCAUAUGACAACAAGAGCUUAUUGGAACUCAAUACCUUUGUUUGUUUUCAAAACUUAGGAUGCUUCAACUAGCAAUGCAAGGAUAAAAUGCUCAGUGAAAAGUCUAGAAUUCACAGAAAGAUAACUCUUUCACACUCACUCGCUCAGAAGUCUCAAACAGAGAGAUGCAUGCAGUGUGGGUAUCACUGAAGGAGAAUGUCAAGUGUGGAAGCAAGCUUGCAGAUGUUAUUGGCUUGCGAGAAAGAUGUGACAGAAGAAGUAAGAACUCCGGAAAAGAAAGUUUGGAUGGUGAACUUGUACUUGCUCAUGGCAAAGAGACCCCAUUCCGGGAACAGAAAUACCGUUCAAGCUACACACAGGCACAGCUCUUUGAGCUUAAGAACGGAGACCCAUCAAGGAACAUCAUUGAGAUGAUUGUUCGAAAAGCAUCAAUGAAUCCUUCAAAGCCAUCAGGCAGGAUCAAGAGUGUCUUGAGGGUGAAGAACUCCAUAGAAACACUUGAAAGAUUUGAGAAGUACAGAGAGAAGGUAAAGAAGAUGGCCAAAGAGAGAUACAUGAGGCACCCAAGAAGCACAGUAGAUGGAAAUGAGCUGAUGAGAUUCUAUGGCAUAACAAUGACCUGUUGCAAUGGAGAGUCAAGGAGAGAGCCCGAGCUUUGUAACGGUCCAACUUGUCGAGUUUGCAGGUUAAUUAAGUCGAACUUUGACACAGAAUAUAUAUUGAAGAAUGGGAUUCAGUUGAGUACAAGUAGUGAAAACACCAUUGCCGUUACAAGGGCAACCAAGGCAAAGAGGGCCGUAAUAGUUUGCAGGACAAUUGCAGGGAGCAUUAUUAAUGUGGAUGACAAGGAAUAUGACGAGUCUGAUUCAACUGGAAACCGAAAUUUGCAUUCCACCACCACAGAAUAUCUGUUAGUGCAGAAUCCCAGUGCUGUACUUCCCUGUUUUGUGAUAGUUUUCAACUAAUGUGGUCUAAUUCUUGUAUGUGCUUAGUCCUCUUGUUUUCAAGAAUAGUCUACUACGUAGCACAUAAUAAUAUAUGAAGCUUAGCUAAUAAUAUUUUAUUCUAAA